CCAUCUACAGUUAAAAAGGAAACACCAAAAAGAAGAAAGAAAAAGAACAAAAUCAUCAUCAUCAUCCUUUUCAAAGAGAAUCGUGUCUCCUUUUUAUUUUUAUAUUUAUUUUAAUAUAUAUAUAUUUUAGUUUAGGAAACUAAAGGGGGAAAAGACCCUUUGGUGAAGGAAAAGGAAAGCUGGGAGAUUGGAGAGAGAGAGAGAGAGAGAGAGAAGAAAAGGAAACCCUGGGGCUACUCUUGCCAUAUUUUGGGGCAUUGUAACAACAGUGUUGCCACAGUUUUGUUGCAAAGACUGGGAUCUCUCCUCCUCUCCAAACCUUGGACAAAAGGCCACCAAAGAAGGGAGGAAGGAGUUGUUGUGCUUUGUGGUGCCUUUUGUGUGGAAGGUGUGUGUGUGUGUGUGAGAGAGAGAGAGAGGGGGGGGGAGCUCUGGGGUGGGGGUUUCCUGGGAGGCCUUGCCCUCUCUCUCUCUCUCCAUCCCCAUGAACAUACCAAGGUCUACCCCGAUCUCCAUCGCCCGCUAUGGAAGGCCCCGGAGCAAGACCCAGGAUUUCGAGGAGCCCCCUCCUCCUCCUCCUUCGACCUCCUCUUCCUCCUCCUCCUCCUCCUCGGUGAGGCCCGGCAGCAACACCGACUCCAGCCACAGCUUCAGCCCCAACCUCGGCUCGCCCAGCCCGCCAGAGACUCCCAGCUUGUCGCAUUGCGUUUCUUGCAUCGGGAAGAACCUGCUCCUCGAGCCUCUCGAAGGGGACCACAGCUUCAGAGCAGUCCACCUGCACAGCGAGGAGGAGCUGGUCUGCAAGGUGUUUGAUAUUGGCUGCUACCAAGAAUUGCUUGCACCAUGUUUUUGUCUGCCUCCUCAUGACAACAUCAACCAAAUCACUGAAAUCAUUCUUGGGGAGACAAAAGCAUAUGUGUUCUUUGAGAGGAGCUAUGGGGACAUGCAUUCCUUUGUUCGUACCUGCAAGAAGCUGAAGGAGGAGGAGGCAGCCAAACUCUUCUACCAGAUAGCAUCUGCUGUAGCGCACUGUCAUGACGGCGGACUGGUACUGCGGGAUCUCAAGCUGCGGAAAUUCAUUUUCAAGGAUGAAGAAAAGACUAGAGUAAAAUUAGAGAGCCUUGAAGAUGCUUACAUUUUGCGAGGAGAUGAUGACUCCCUUUCCGAUAAGCAUGGGUGCCCAGCAUACGUGAGCCCGGAGAUCUUGAACACAAAUGGCAGCUACUCUGGCAAGGCAGCAGAUGUAUGGAGUCUAGGAGUCAUGCUUUACACGAUGCUAGUUGGGCGCUACCCUUUCCAUGACAUUGAGCCUAGUUCUCUCUUCAGCAAGAUCCGCCGUGGGCAGUUCAGCAUUCCAGAGACUUUGUCCCCAAAGGCAAAAUGCCUCAUACGUAGCAUCCUGCGCCGGGAGCCCUCAGAAAGGCUGACUUCGCAGGAAAUUCUGGACCAUCCUUGGUUUUCCACAGAUUUUAAUGUGUCUAAUACAGGAUAUGGUGCUAAGGAAGUAACGGAUCAGCUGGUGCCUGAUGUCAAUAUGGAGGAAGAGGAGGACCCUUUCUUUAACUGAGCAUUAGGACUAAUGUUUGAGUGGUGCAUGGUCCAGAAAAGACAACACUGAAGGGAGUUCUUUCUGAUCAUGCAGAAGUAUAGUUGUGUCUCAGCCUGUCUUGAUAGCAAAGAGACAACUUGAAGGGGUGGUUUUUGGGUUUUCUUUUGGGUUUUGCUCUUUGUUUCAAUUUUUGGUUCGAGGAAGAAUGAGCUAACACGACAAAUGUAGCAUGAGGAUGUUUAGAUGGGACGAAUCCUUGCUAUCAAGUUAGAUUGACAUGGAAAAAGAAAGAGGAGGCGGCAGCAUGGAGCAACUGUAGCUUCUCAUCUUUAUGGAGCCAAGGACACUAAACCUUCAAGUUCCAGUGCAGCCACUAAUCCACUCCCAGUUCUGUUUCAUUCAGACACUUAAACGUUCCCAGUGAAUAGAGACUUUUGCCUCAACUUACAUCUUGGCAUCGCACUGUUAGAUAUAUUUAACUUCAGCCAUUAUUCAGGGAAGGUACAAAUAGCUAUCAUGUUGUUAUAUUAAUUUUUGUUUCCCGUUUCUAAAAUCUGAUAUUUAGUAGUUGCAGUGGGAUUGAUCUUCAGGAGGGCGGGUGGGAAGAGCACAAAGGUAGACAUGAGAAGUUGGGUGCUAAGCAGAAACUUUUAGUUUAUGUCUCUGAGGGGCUUGUUUUGAAUUCAGUUCUCCAAAAGAAAGAACUUUAAUUUUUGGCAGGAGAAAAUAUUUGAAAUAUUCUGUUCCCUUAAGGAGGGAAGGGAGUAGCACUUCACAAGUUGGGUAGUAUAUAAUUGUGCCUCCCCUGCUGAUGGAAGGACAGUUACUUUUGGGUUGUAUACAGUUAUGUCCUCUUCUGUUGAUGGAAGGCUUCUGUGUGCAAACACAAGAGGCUGGGAUGGUGGCUGGAGAUUCCUCCUCCAGUUUCCUCCAGUCUGCAGAAGAUGGAUGACCCUUUGGAACAGUAUAGGAGGUGAGUGGCAUGAGGAGUUUCAGAUAAAAGUGAGAAUUUGUGAGUCCCUCCGUUUGUUCAGCAGAAGCCCCUGCUAAAACAGAGAGUCCUCCAUUAGCAGAAGAGGACACAGUUGGAUACAGCUCAUUCUGGGAGAGUUUGGGGUUUUGGUCAGAUGGCUUGGUUGCAGGAAGCAAUUGCAGGUCAACCUUCCAAGCAUGUUUUCAGAGAAAAUAAUAACUCUCCAUUUAAAAAAAGAAGACCAAAAACAGGAGAUUUGAAAUACUGGUUUCCACAUUACCAUGCAGCACAUAAAAUUUGACCAUAUUAGUGGAUGGCAGUAGGAGGGCAUCAUUUAAAGAGAGAGAGAAUUAAAACUUAAUUGUGGAAACAACUAUUCCUCAGAUUACCUUGAACAUGAGCAGACAGGUUCUUUACUGAAGGAAAAAGAAAAGAAAGAAAGAAAGAAAGAAAGAAAGCUAGAAAGAAAGAUACUUUCCCUUUCUCCCUCUUAUUUUAUGAAAAGGCAGUGGCUUGGGUUUUCUUGCUUUUGUUUUUGAUUUACGAAAAGAAUGAUGCUAGUUUUCGUCUCAUUGACAUUUUAAUAAGCUGAACAUUACUAGGACACAGAUCUGUCUCCUAAAAAGUACACAGUAAUAUGCACCUUUCGUAUUGUCAAGACUUUAUUUAUUGAUGAAGCUGUCACAGUUGUGAUGAAUUAAGCCAGUACUUCAAUUACGGGUUGACUUGGGGUGACAUGUUACAUGCUGUAGUUGACACGCUUUCCUUUUUCUCUUCAGGUAUUCCUUGUCCCUGAAUGACAUAUUUUUUAAUUUUAAUUUUUAGUCCCAUUCUCCCCCUUCCCUUAUAGAGCUUUUGUUUUGAUUUAGACUGGCAAAAUGAUUUUUUUAUUACUGCUUUUUAUAUUGCUGUAUGAUAUGGGGGGAGGGGACAAAAAUACAAAACAAACAGAUCUCUUGGCAUAAAUAUUUGUGUUUUCCAGUACCUCAGUUGUUCUGAUGUUACUGCCUGUAUGCGUUUUUGUGAAGUGGUCAUGUUUUUUGGAUAGGUACAUGUGGACUCUGUAGUAUGUAAAUGUUACUUGAAUUUUGUGCUUAAUUAUAGUAUGUGGCAUGUGCGUACAGCUACUUGGCAUUUGACGUAUGGAUGCUAUUUUGCCUGCCCUGCAGGAAGGUUUGAUCCCACUCUCAAGCUGAUGGUCCAUAGUUCCUUAUCAAGAGACAAAGCUGCAGGUGACCUGCCUUGGUUCUAUUUUGGUAUCUAAGAAAAAUAUAAAGGAGUAAAGUUUUUACACUCUGAAGAUGGUGCUGUGUUGAGGGACUUCUUUUUUUAAAAAACGUUUAUUUUAUAAACUUGUAGGAAGAAAGAUUGGUGAUGUGCAUGGUGGGAUUUUACUGCCUCUGGUGCUUUGUCUUGUAUUUGGUUUAAUGUUUUUGUCCUAAUCUCUUCAAUAAACAAAAUUGUGCAUAUUUAACUAAA